AUGGUGGUCAUACAAACGGUCAGCAAUAAGGAUGUUGUUGUCAGGGCAAAGCCCGUAACGGUCGAGGCAUUUGAAAAAUAUGGCGGCCUGCUGGCCUGCGACCUGCAGCUCGCCAGUGCCCCGCAGAGCUCGGCAAAUCAGGGCACAGCCAUCAAGCUCAUGAAAAUGGCCCCCGUCGUCAACAACUACGCGGCCGCACCCAGCAACAGACCGGGCACCGCAAAUUGGAACAUCUUCCGCUCGUCGCCGCCCACACACCUGCUUGCACACGCGGACGGUGUCACAAAGUACACGGCCAAGGUGCUCGAGCGACACCCGUACACUACGCAGACGUUUGUCCCAAUGGGGAGGUCACGUGACGUCACUCACGCGUACCUGGUGAUUGUGGCACCCGACAAGGACGGUUUGCCGGACUACGAAAACACUGAGGCAUUCAUUUUCAAAGGCGACCAGUCGGUUACUUACGGAGUCGGCACGUGGCAUGCGCCGAUGGUGGUUCUUGGAGACACGUAUCUAGAUUUUGCCGUGCUGGUCCACGAGAACGGUGUCGAACACGAGGACUGUGAGGAGGUGGUGUAUAGUGGCAUGACAAUAGAGUUUAAUUAGGUGUCUACUCGUCUGUAUCCAUUCUGUCGGACUGCUCAGUUGGCUCAGUUUGUUCUGCUGGCUGCUCGGGUUGUUCUUGUUCCUGCUGCUCCUCCUGUGGUUCGUCUCUAUUUCUAGCGUUGGAGAGGCUAUCCAGACGGUCGAGCCACUGCUGAACGUCGUCGUCGUCAUAGAUCGUGAACUGUUCGGAUUUGCCGACGACGGCAACCGUGGUGUUCAGCGAGUUCAGCUCCUUGUCCUGCGACAGCGUGUCUCUGAGGGCCGUCAGCGCAUACUCUAUCAGUUGUUCCUUGGUGGCGUCUGCAAACUCCUCGUACUUCCUUUCCAGAAACGUUCUGGCGGCUUGGGAUCUUGCGCCAAUCGCAGCCCCGACGUAUUCCAGCACGUUUCCCGAUGGCUGGAACUCGUACAGAUGGGCCCCGUUCUCGUCGAUUCCGGCCACCAGCAGCCCCACACCGUAUGGACGGCCGCCGGCAGAUUGUGUGUUGUCCUGUGCCUUGUCUGCGAUCGAGUACACCGCCUUGGCCACGUUCAGUGGCCGGUUGAAAACCAUUUUCGACGACAUGGCCUGUUGUCUCAGGAAGUUCGAGAGCACACGCGCGUCGGGCGCCAGACCGGCCAAUGCUAUGCCCAUGUGAUUGUCAACUUUGAUGAUUUUCUUUUGGUACGAGCCCAAUUCCUCUGCGUUUCGCUUCAGGGCCACCAGAACCACAUGGUUCUUGGACGCGAUCCCCACGGCUGCAGAGCCCUGCUUAAUGGCUUCCAGAGCGUAUUCUAUCUGGAAGAUCCGCCCGGUGGGCGAGAACGUCGUCGCGUCGUUGUCGUAGUUAUUGCGGAACUGCAAAAGUUAGCCACAAGAGCGAAUUGGCAAUACUUACCAUUGUGCAAGGUUGAAUCUAUGUUUUGCC